CUAUUUCUCUCUCUUCUCUGUAAACAAUACCCAUUCAUACAUGUCAUUGAAGAUCCAGUCAAUCUUAUUAUUAUUAUUAUUAUUAUCAUUAAGGAUAAACAUCAACGAACAUAAACCAACAUAUCUAUCCAUCUUCAUCUUCACAACCCAUUUCCCCUUUUUCAAUCCAUCAUCCCAAUCAUGUUAUCCAGAUCCUGCUUCAAUCUACUCAAUCUAGACGAUUACUCACGAAUCGUCGAUCGCCCACGAAUCCCCAGAGUCAUGACGGUGCCGGGUAUCAUUUCCGAUUUCGAUCAAGCAAAUGUCGAAUCCGAUUCCGACGCCGUUUCAUCAUCAAUGUCCGUGGAAAGACGAAUCAUCGUUGCAAAUCAGCUACCUCUCAAAUCAAACCGAGACCCAGUUUCCAAUAAAUGGUCUUUUGUUUGGGAUAAGGAUGCCUUGGUUUUACAGCUCAAAGAUGGGUUUCCAUCUGAAGUUGAAAUCGUCUACGUUGGAUCCCUUAGAGUGGAUGUUGAAUCCGCGGAGCAAGAUGAAGUUUCGCAACUUCUAUAUGAUAAGUUCAGAUGCGUUCCUACGUUUUUGCCUGUAGAUUUACAUAACAAAUUCUACCAUGGUUUCUGUAAGCAUUAUCUAUGGCCUCUUUUUCAUUAUAUGCUUCCAUUAACGCCUACCCAUGGGGUUCGAUUCGACCGCUCCAUGUGGCAGGCUUACGUUUCUGUUAAUAAGAUAUUUGCUGAUAAAGUAAUGGAGGUGAUUAAUCCGGAUGAGGAUUAUGUAUGGGUACAUGAUUAUCAUCUAAUGGUAUUACCCACAUUCUUGAGGAAGAGAUUUCACAGAGUUAAACUUGGGUUUUUCUUGCACGUUCCUUUUCCUUCUUCUGAAAUCUAUAGAACUUUACCUGUUAGGGAUGAUAUUCUUAGGGCGUUCUUGAAUUGUGAUCUAAUUGGGUUCCAUACUUUCGAUUACGCUAGGCAUUUCUUGUCAUGUUGUAGUCGAAUGUUAGGUUUGGAUUACCAAUCUAAAAGGGGUUAUAUUGGGCUUGAGUAUUAUGGUCGAACUGUCACUAUCAAGAUCCUCCCUGUUGGUGUUCAUAUGGGUGAAUUAGAAUCGGUGAUCUCAUUGCCUGAUACUUUAACGAAAGUUCAAACCUUGAAGGAACGAUAUGAAGGGAAAAUUGUAAUGUUGGGUGUUGAUGAUAUGGAUGUUUUCAAGGGUAUCAGUUUGAAGUUUCUAGCUUUGGGUCAGCUAUUGGAAGAACACCCUGAACUUAGAGGGAAAGUGGUUUUAGUUCAGAUCAUGAACCCGGCCAGAAGCAGCGGGAACGACAUUCAAGAAGUUCAAGACGAGAUCAACAGAGUUGCUAAUGAUGUUAACUCAAAAUACGCUAAAUUUGGUUACGAUCCGAUCGUGUUUGUUAACGGGCCUGUCUCGACGCAAGACAAAAUCGCUUACUACGCAAUCUCCGAGUGUUGUGUGGUUAAUGCUGUAAGAGAUGGGAUGAAUCUGAUGCCCUACACUUACACGGUAAGCAGGCAAGGCCUCGAUGACGGAUGUGACGGUAGGAGAACCAGCGUGAUCAUCGUGUCUGAAUUCAUCGGUUGUUCGCCUUCUCUGAGUGGAGCCAUCCGGGUCAAUCCUUGGAACAUUGAUUGCGUGGCGAACGCGAUGAAUUUGGCUAUAAAGAUGCCGGAGGCGGAGAAACAUCUGAGACACGAGAAACAUUACAAGUACAUUAGUUCCCACGACGUGGCCUAUUGGGCGAGGAGUUUCGACCAAGAUCUGGAAAGAGCUUGCCGUGAGCAUUACAAGAAGAGAUGUUGGGGAAUCGGGUUUGGUUUGGGAUUCAGGGUCGUGGCAUUGGGUCCCAAUUUCAGGAAGUUAUCGGUUGAGCACAUCGUGUCGGCGUAUACAAAGGCGAGCAACCGUUUGAUCUUAUUGGAUUACGAUGGGACCAUGAUGGCGGAAGGUUUAGUGGACAAGGCGCCGAAUAAGGAUGUGAUCGAGGUUUUGAAUGGUUUGUGCAGUGACACGAAGAACACGGUUUUCAUUGUUAGUGGUCGGGGGAAGGAUUUGUUAAGCCAGUGGUUUUCUCCGUGCGAGAAACUUGGGAUAUCGGCGGAACAUGGAUACUUUACUAGAUGGACGGGUGAUUGUUGUGGGUGGGAGACUUGUGGUUUGUCGAUGGACUUUGAUUGGAUGAAGAUUGCACUUCCGGUAAUGGAGCAUUAUACUGAAGCGACAGACGGGUCGUGUAUAGAACAGAAGGAGAGUGCUCUGGUUUGGCACCAUGGUGAAGCAGACCCUGAUUUCGGUUCUUGGCAGGCUAAGGAGCUUCUAGAUCAUCUGGAGAGCGUUUUGGCUAAUGAACCGGUGGUGGUUAAACGCGGUCAGCAUAUUGUGGAAGUGAAACCACAGGGUGUGAGUAAAGGAGUGGCCGUUGAGAACGUGAUUGGGAAGAUGAGUAAAGGAGGAGAAGUGGAAGUGGAAGAAAAGAAAUGGUCGCCCGAUUUUGUUUUGUGUAUAGGAGAUGAUCGAUCGGAUGAAGACAUGUUUGAGACGAUAUUGAGUUGCAAGAACUUGCCUGCAAAGGCGGAGGUGUUUGCUUGCACGGUUGGGCAGAAACCGAGCAUGGCUAAAUACUAUUUGGACGAUACAUUCGACGUUAUGAGAAUGUUGCAAGGACUCGCGGCUGCGUCUCAACAGCCUUCUAAACCUCCUGCUCUUUUUCAGGUGUCUUUUGAAGGGUCUCUCUGAAUCUUCAAAAGAAAUGGUUAAAAAUUGCUAUGCUAAUAAGAUAUAUAUAAUUAGGUACAGUAUAUAGUUUAGUAAUUAGGUUAGUUUAGUUUAGUUGGAUGCAUCUUAACCUCUACAGAUAAUAUGAUAUGACAAAUCAAACAAACACAGUUUUGUUUUGUACAGGAAACAUUUGCAUUUUUACAUGUUUUAUGUCGAAAUAAUUGUUCAAUUUGGUAAA